GUUUUAAGAAUGACAGCAUCAAGGGAUAUUGUGAAUGUGAAACGCGGAGAGGAAUCGGUGGAAAGAGAUCGCUUUCCUCGAAUAGUAAUAAUAAUAAUGAUUGCCGAGUUCUGCGAACGAUUUUCCUACUCUGGUAUGAGAGCAUUCCUCACGCUGUACCUUCGCAGUAAACUCGGAUACUCGGACGAAGGUGCGACAGAAAUAUAUCACGUUUUCAGUACAUUCGUGUACUUUUUCCCGAUCCUCGGCGGCAUACUCGCUGACAACUAUCUCGGUAAAUUUCGGACAAUCCUCUACUUGAUGUUCGUCUAUGCGGGUGGAAAUAUGUUGGUAGCCAUAACUGCUAUACCUCAUCUUGAAAUACCGAAAAGAUUAUGCACAUUACUUGGUCUAUUUCUGAUAACAUUGGGUACUGGAGGUAUAAAGCCAUGUGUUACUGCUUUCGGAGGUGACCAGUUCGUCCUCCCACAGCAAGAGAAACAGCUUGCAUUGUAUUUCAGUAUUUUAUAUUUUAAUAUAUGCACUGGAAGUCUGAUCGCUAAAACUGUGUCACCUAUAUUGAGAUCGGAUGUCCAUUGUUUUGGUGAUAAGGACUGUUAUUCCUUGGCUUUCGGCGCUCCAGGUUUUAUCGUGUUGAUUUCCAUUGUGGUUUUCGUCAGCGCUAAGAGUAAAUACGUCAUGAAGAGACCGGAGGGCAACCUUUUGUUUGACUUUGUUAAAUGCGUUUCAUUGGGACUUAAAAACGCUUUAAUAAAAGGUAAAACCGAGAAACAAUCUCAUUGGUUGGACAGCACGCAACACAGAUACGACAAGCGUUUCAUACGGGACGUGAAGAAAACUCUAUCAAUACUGACUUUGUUCACCGUUUUGCCGGUAUUUUGGGCGCUUCUUGAUCAAUUGGGUUCAAGAUGGACGCUUCAGGCUACGAAGAUGGAUGGUCGCUUCGGAUUCGUAACAAUUAAGCCGGAUCAAUUACAAGUGAUAGGUCCUAUAAGUAUACUCAUAUUGAUACCACUGUCGCAAAAGUACAUCUACCCAUAUUUUGAAAAAUAUAAUAUAUUAAGAAAUCCACUCCACAAACUGACGUUAGGCGGCGUUUUGGCUGGCGUCGCGUUCAUUGCCUCUGCUCUCGUCGAGAUUUAUAUCAAGACCACAUAUCCAGAAUUACCUCAACUAGGAUAUUCUCAAUUACGUAUAUUUAAUGGUAAUCCUUGCCCUAUAUCCAUACAAAACGAUCAACAAGGAAUAAUUUACAGUAUUCCGUCUCUUUCGCACUAUACAAAUAAACACAUGCAGGUGAAAGGAACAGAAGAUAUCCGACUGAACAUAAGCGGUGAUUGUAUUGAUACUAGGGAUGAAUUAUUUACAUUGAACGAGAAGAAAGCGAUAUCUUUCUUUGUAAAUGGCAACAAUAUAGUUAGAUUCAAUGAAAAUGUGGAUAAGAGCAAAUCUGGGUUGCCAUUCGUAAGAUUUCUCGUCUCUGAUCGAGUAGAUUUAACAAACGUAACGCUCUUCAAUGAAAAGAGGAAUGAAAUUGAAACGUACAUUUACGCCGGCGCGAGCGUACAAAUGGAAGUGUUCAUGUCGGUGUACUCCAUACGAGUAAGAGAUAAAGUCGUCUUGAGUGAGAUGUCGAUGGAUAAUGGCGGCGUCUAUAAUAUAAUGAUAGACAAAAACGGAGAUGAUUACACGGCAAAAAUAGUCGCGAUCACGGAACCGAACUCCAUAACAAUGGCGCUAUUGUUACCUCAGUUCCUGAUCAUAUCGACUGCAGAGGUGUUGUUCGCGGUGACGGGUAACGAAUUCGCGUUCAAAGAGGCACCGGAGAGCAUGAAGGCAGUGAUGUCGGCCUUUUGGUUGUUAACCGAAGCGGCUGGAAAUGUCAUAAUAAUUAUUGUAACACGACUCUUCAUUAAUUAUAAGCAGGAAACCCAGUCAUUUAUUUACACCGGGUUGGUGUUUACUUCGAUAGCAGCGUUCCACUUCAUGUCUCGUAAUUAUCAGUUCGGCUUCGCGGACGAGGAAGUGAGGAAGGAACGUAGGAGUAACAGUGAAGUGUUGUACCAACAAGUGAAGCAGGCCGAAGACUGUUUAGAACAUUGAUUGCAAUGAUAUAAGCAUGUUAUAACAUAUUUAAAUAUAUUUUUUUAUUGUGU